AUGGCAUCGAUCACGCAGACAGUUGAUCAUGUAGGCGAAGACCUGACGAUGUUCCCCAGCGAGAAGCAUUAUGCACCUCUCUGGACUGUUCUCGACAAGAUGGUACCACCGAGGCCUAAUCCUCGUGCUGUCCCAACUGUCUGGCGAUAUAACGAAAUGCGACCAGAUUUGAUGAAAGCUGGCUCCAUUGUUACCGCCGAAGAAGCCGAAAGACGAGUGCUGAUGCUCGUGAACUCAAACAUAGAGCCUCCUUACACCACAGAUACCAUCUACGGAGGGCUCCAACUUGUUCUUCCUGGAGAAACUGCUCCGGCGCAUCGACAUGUCGCAUUUGCCUUGCGAUUUAUUAUCGAAGGAGAGCAUGGAUUUACAGCCAUAGAAGGACAGAAGAUUUCUAUGGAAAUAGGAGACGUGAUCCUUACACCGUCAUGGUGCUGGCACGACCACGGCAACGAAGGCACGAAACCAAUGGUCUGGCUUGAUGGGUUGGAUCUGCCUUUAUUUCGUAAUGUGCCUGUCAACUUUGCCGAAAAUUAUACCUCGAGCCGAUAUCCAGCAAUCGCUUCUGAGGAGAGCCCUAUACAAUUUCCCUGGCGAGACGUUCAGAAUGCCCUGGACGGCGACAAGCUGCCGUAUACAAUUUACCAUUACAGUCGCAAGGGGCAAAGGCACUUAUCAAAUACAAUCAGUGCACAAGCAGAGCGGUUGGACGCGGGUUUUACAGCAAGCCCCCGGCAAGAGACUUGUUCAUUCCUUUACCACGUUAAAAGUGGAGAGGGUGUGUCGAAUCUGAUAACAUCAGAUGGUAACAAAACCGAGAUUCGCUGGAAGGAGAAAGACACCUUUGUAGUACCUGCUUGGUGUCGGAUUGAGCACACAUGUUCGUCAGCUGAGCCUGCGUAUCUGUUUGCAAUUAAUGACCGUCCACUCUUGGAGUCAUUGGGACUGGUCAGACGCGCUUGA